AUGGGGAAGAGAAAAGCCCCAGAAAGACAAGGGAUUAAACCGAACACAUUACCUACUUUUACUCAGUGCUCCAGCCGCCCUCCGAGGCGAGGAGGGGUCGGAGGGACCCGCAAGCGGCAGCUGAGAGCAAGUCCAGGCACAACCCCGCGAACAAGACGGAGGAAAGACAAUACUCACUUCUCCCAUGACACGGGUAGCGGUUCCCUCCGCGCUUCGGGGCGGCCACCGCCUCCCAGCCACUGCAGCCGUCCGCUUCACUUCGCUCCCCUCGGCUCCCCACCGCGCUGCAGCCGCCUGCGAGCGCCACACCCUGCCCUACCCUACUCUGCCCUACCCUACCCUGCCCCGCCAGGGAAGCGGCCGCGCCCGCUGCCACCGCAGCGCCCCCGCCGCGGACGCCGUAGGCCGGGCGGGGCCGUGGGGCGCGGCCGGUCCGUGGCACAGCCCACCGCGGGUGGGCGGGGGAGAGGGGUUGGAGGCCCGGGGAGAAGGGGACCGGUGCCGAAAGGGGUAGGUGCUCGCCCGUGA